UGCCCAUGCUUUGCCUAGUGCUCUUUGUGCUGUGUCUGAGCCGCUCAGAUGUGGCUGCCUUCAGUUCAGUCGCUGAAAAUGAGGACGCCCUCCUCAAGCACUUAUUUCAAGGCUAUCAGAAAUGGGUCCGCCCUGUGGAAAACUCCAACGACACCAUCAAAGUCCUUUUUGGAUUAAAGAUAUCACAGCUUGUGGAUGUGGAUGAGAAGAAUCAGCUGAUGACAACCAACGUGUGGCUGAAGCAGGAAUGGAUCGACCACAAGCUCUACUGGAAUCCAGAGGAAUACGGUGGGAUCACCGCCAUCCGUGUCCCCUCUGAGUCCCUGUGGCUUCCUGACAUCGUUUUGUUUGAAAAUGCUGAUGGACGUUUUGAAGGAUCCCUGAUGACCAAAGUCAUAGUGAAGUACAAUGGAGUGGUGACCUGGACGCCACCAGCCAGUUAUAAGAGUUCCUGCACGAUGGAUGUGACCUUCUUCCCCUUCGACAGGCAGAACUGCUCCAUGAAGUUUGGGUCAUGGACAUAUGACGGCAGUAUGGUGGACUUGAUUUUAGUGGAUGAAAAUGUAGACAGGAAAGACUUCUUUGAUAACGGGGAGUGGGAGAUCUUAAAUGCCAAAGGUAUGAAAGGCAACAGGAAGGAUGGGCUGUACUCUUACCCAUUUGUCACUUACUCCUUCGUGUUGAGACGCCUUCCACUGUUUUACACUCUUUUCUUAAUAAUCCCUUGCCUGGGAUUGUCUUUUCUAACUGUUCUGGUCUUUUACCUGCCUUCAGAUGAAGGAGAAAAGCUUUCAUUAUCUACAUCAGUUCUAGUCUCCCUCACUGUUUUCCUUUUAGUGAUUGAGGAAAUAAUCCCUUCUUCUUCCAAAGUCAUCCCUCUAAUCGGUGAGUAUCUGCUGUUCAUCAUGAUUUUUGUGACCCUCUCUAUCAUCGUGACUGUGUUUGUUAUCAACGUCCACCACCGCUCCUCAGCAACUUACCAUCCCAUGGCUCCCUGGGUUAAAAGACUCUUCCUCCAGAAGUUGCCUCGGCUGCUCUGCAUGAAGGGCCAUGUAGAUCGAUACUCGUUCUCAGAGCCUGAAGGAAAGGAAACAACCCUGAAAUCAAAGCUUCUGGGAAAGCAGAAACACAAGCAAGCAAAAGACGGAGAGAAAAUUGUUAUUGCCUUUCUGGAAAAGGCAGCCGACUCCAUUCGAUAUAUUUCCAGGCAUGUUAAAAAGGAGCAUUUCAUCAGACAGGUUGUCCAAGACUGGAAAUUUGUAGCUCAAGUCCUGGAUCGGAUCUUCCUGUGGUUAUUUCUGGUGGUGUCAGUGACGGGUUCAGUUCUCAUCUUUACCCCUGCGUUACAGAUGUGGCUGAACAGCACUUUGUAGAAAAUGCUCCCACAGUAGCAUACAACAACAAGUACAAUGCCAAGGGGUCGUGGUGCCUCCAAAGUUUGGUCUCUAUUGUACAGGACGGGAAGCAACAGCAAGAACGAGGGAAGCUGACAGUAACAGCGGGCAUUGACUGGUGCUUUCUGUCUUCAUACAACUCUACCAGUUACAGAUUUGGCUGAGAUCAGAGAAAGGCUUCAUGCAUAGCUGAGUCCUAAAGUGAAUUGGGGUUGCACAAUUGGGUUAUAAGUAUUUUACUAGUAGCUUGGUUAUAUUACAGUAAAAGGCAAGAUUAUUAGUUAAAAUUGGAAAUAGUACUUCUGGCACAAUGAUUACGUUUAAAAUGCAGAUCUGUCAGUUAAAAUGCUACUUUAUAAAAGAAUUUACAGUAGGAACA